GAGAGAGAGAGAGAGAGAGAGAGAGAGAGAGAGGGGUAGCAGGUGAACCAGUAGGUGCACUGAGACACGGAUAGGGUUUCUCCCGGUAAUGGAUCUCUCUGACCUCCACAGCUCCGGUGUCUCCUCCUCUGUGACUAAACAACUUUUAUCAGAUUAUGAUUCAUGUUUUUCUUUUUACCAGCUCUAGACUAACCUCAUGGUGAUCUCCCGGUGCGCUCCUCGGUCUCUGGCCGGCGUCGUGUCACCUUCCUCCGGGCACCAUGUGCUCGUAAGAUGCCUUCCCUGUGGAAACGGAUAACCUUCUCGGUGGCCUCGGUGCUCUGUGUCGGCUCCGUGGCGCUGCUGGUCGUGGCCUUGUCCACGGAGCGGUGGGUCACCGGACGGAUCCUGUGUAAAACCGGGGCGGAGAUAGUGAACGCGUCCCACCCGGAGCUGGAGCAGUUCAUCGGGGACAUUUACUACGGCUUGUUCCAGGGAGGGAAAACCAAGAGAUGCGGGCUGGGCAACAGACGCUCCAAGAUAUACAUUUUCCCAAAGCUUGUGCGGACAUUGAACGGCGGCCUCCACAUGAUGGUGAUCCUGUUCCUGCUGGUGGCUGUGGGCUUCGCGCUGGUCAGUCUGUCUUUCUGCAUUUACAACGCACGCAAGGUUCCCUACCAGAGCAUGAAAGGGCACAAAGGUCUCUACCUGUGGAACUUCAUCGCUGCUCUUUUUGGUGCGCUGGGCGUGCUGUGCUUCCUGGCAGCCGUGAGGCACCACAGUCUGACCGAGCGGGUGGCCAAUCAUCGGGAAAACCUCUUCGUGCUGGUCGUCCUGGAAGACAGCCUGGACUGGUCCUUCUGGCUCGGUGUGGGCAGCAUUGCCACCCACUUUGCCGUAUGUGGAGUGGUCGCUAUGAGUCGGAUCAAGCUGCCCAAACCGGAGAUCAAGAAACCUGAAGAACCCACCAUCUCUGCUCUGGACCUGCUCUACUGAAGGACCAAACGAGGGGCAUUUACAUCACUGAUACACUGGAGCAAACCACAGUGACUGACAGCAGAGUGAGACCAACACUGUGCCUCUUAUGAGUGCACAGAGUGCAUCCCAAACUUGCCCUUUGCAUUCUGGACAUCCUGUGCUGGAUAUAUUCUGUCUAUAGCUGCAAAAUGUAAAUAUAUCAUUAUUGUUUUCAUUAUAUGUAUAGAAUGUCAUCUGUUUUUCAAUCACUUUAUGGUUCACAGAGUAAAGUCUUGAGAGUGUAAAUCAAGUCACUUUACAAAGGAUUUAAAGUCAGUGUUUUUUAUAGUAAUUAUUCUUGAUCCCUGAUAGAAAGUGUACAAACAUGCAUGAAUUAUGAUUUAUUUAUACAAUCUUGUUUAAACAGAAAGAGUCUUAUAAUUAUUUUAUUCACUUUAACUUGGUUGUAAAGCGUUCCUCACAUCUGCAGAAGUCGGCUGUUAUGAAGGUAAAAAUAAGGACUAUUGAAAAAAGUUACUUUGGCCAUUUUAUUAAAUGUGUUAGUUUGGUUAUAAUGUCCUGGACACUAACAAACUUGUGACAAACAAUAAUUUAAAGAGGACAUAUAUUAAAUACUUAGGUGGAGUA